AUGUCGACGCCAGUGAGGAAAAGGCUGAUGAGGGAUUUCAAGAGGUUGCAGAAUGAUCUGCCCGCGGGAAUCAGUGGAGCCCCGCAGGAUAACAACAUCAUGCUAUGGAACACCGUGAUCUUUGGGCCUGAUGAUACUCCGUGGGAUGGAGCCAAAUCCGAGAAGCAAUCAAGAGCAAAAUCAACUCCUCCUCCUUCAUCUUCAAUGGCAUCCUCUGCCUCCUCUGCUCCGCCACCGCCGUUGCCGCCUCUGUCGUUGUCGGUAGCGAAGAAUAGUUUCCUUCACAGCUACAACAAUUAUAAGAGACAGAAGACAAUCAUGUCUUGA